AUGUCCACCCCAAGCGACCUUCAGGCUCUCUUUGCGAGCAUGAAGCCGCGCCCUGCGCAAUCUCAAGAUGCCCAGGCUGCGGCUUAUCCUUCAUCGGAGGCUCGGGCUUUUAACCCACAAACUGAUGGUCUGAGGUUUGGUCUCCAGUCGCAUGCAUAUCCCUUCCCUCAUGGCUAUCACAAUCCAUCUGUUUCCUCACCUGUCUACAGCCCUGGUCCCGUCAAUACACCUCCGCAUCAUGGCUCAGACAUCCUCAGUCCUAAUGUGCCCACACCUCGUGGCGACCAGCAACAGCGAACAGCUAGCGCAGAUCAGGCCAUGAGCCUGCUCAAUCUUCUGAAAUUUAGCCAAAACAAACCAAGCUCGCCGCAGCCUUCAGCUGCAGUUGGUUCAUCGCCGUCGCUCUCUGCAACUCAUCAUGAGGAAGUUCAGCCUUCUCACUCGCGCACUAUCUCUGCUUCAGACCUUGUCGCUUCUUUCAUGGCCAAACCUGGCCCUGCCUCUCAGUCUCCCGCUUUAGGCGCGUCCGCUACAAUUGCUGCCAGUCGCGCACCCGAAAGCUCUACUACCGCCGCGGAAACUCAGGACAUGCUUAUGCGUCUCUUGAACCGCUCUCAGAUAAAAACUGAAGAGAGCAGUCGUGCCCUGCAAACCCCGCCGGCUUACGAAAGUAGCGCCCCGGCUACCGUCGAUCAACAAUCCAUGCAUGUCUUUGGCUCUGUCGACAAAGAAGCCGCGAACUUUGAGGGUCCAAAAGCGAACCAGUCCAAGGGUAGUAUAUUUUCAUAUGUCAAUCCCUUUGAGCAGCUAGCCGCCGCCUCACCUCGUCGCACUCCUCAGCCCAAGUCCGGUAACGGUACCCCUGCGGAGGCAGCCACUCAUCGUCCAAAAGAUUCCAAUACCAUCUCGGAAGAGCAGUCUUCGCUGGAAACAUUGAAGACAACUGUUGCUGCAGAUGAGAAAUUAUCGGACCAGAAAGAGACAGUCUCCAAGGCGGUUGAUCAACUUGCCGGGCAACUAGACCGAGAAGUGGAGGACGCUUUGAGCCGAGCUAACUUUGCUGAGGCGACACUACGUCCUAAAGCCGAGGACGAGACUGCCAAAGAAGUCGUGGAUGCUAUCGUCCAAGAGCUUCCAAAUACCGCUGCCGAAGUAAAGAAAGAGAUUGAAAAGCAAGAAAAGGCCGGUAAAUUAAAUGAAACUAUUCCGGAAGAGUUCGUUGAUACUGUCAAAGAGGUGGUGGACGAAGCUGCAGAAGGCAAACUGUUGAAGAAUCUCGCUACAGACGAGAAGUUGGCAGAUAGCUGGGAAAGUGCUGAAGACGGCGCUGACAAAGCCGAAGAGCGUGUCGUUCGCGUUUUCAACUUUCCUCUCCGGCCGUUCAUCUCAAUUACCAUCAAGCCAGAUACUGGCAAGCUUUCCACCGUCCGUGAUGACGGUAUUAUGGAUGUUGCACGUCUCAAAAAAGAGUUUGAUCAGCUCGACCGCUGCUUGACCUCGGCAACUGCUCAAUAUAUUGUUUAUGCUCUGGCAAAGAAUGGUGGAUUGCGCAUCAUUCGCCAAGACGAUGGACGUGAUAAGCAAGUGUUCCGCUUUGCUCGUGACCGUCUUUUCAACGUCGCAUUGAGCAACUCUGCAUCAGCCAGCAGCAAUUCCACCAAAGACCAAGCCAUCAUCGCGAUUGGUGUUAGUGGAACCGUGUACUGGGCUCCGGUCUUCCGAGGGGAUAAUGACUUGUUUGAGAUGGACACGCUGGAAAGUGAAUGUCUCGUUUUCCCUCCAUACCCAGCGUCUGACGAGAAUACAUCUGGUGGUCAGCUGAAAACGCGCGCCAAACCCAGCUCUCGUCAUCCGGAAUUCUUUGGUAUCGGUCGUGGAAAAAAUAUCUACAUUGUUUCGCCUCAAUAUGCCGCCCAUCCCAGCUACGGAGUGUCUGGCUCGCAACGUAUUGUUGAUACUGAAAAGUUCUUCAAGGAACGUGCGAUGAAGAUCUCCACUGGUAAGGCCGGCAAAGAUUUCACCUUCAGUGAGGACGACACAGUCGUAGCUUCUCUCGACAAGACUGGUCGGUUGCGGUUCUGGGAUAUCCAAGAAGUUGGUCAGACCAUGGACGGAUCGCAACCGCCUGAAGUUCGUGUGCCACUGACUACAUUUGUUACCGGCUCACCAAAUGAGAAAUCAUGGCCUACGUCUGUUCAAUUUAUCGACAAACUACGUCCAUUUGUCAAGGCGGUUGCUCUUCGAUAUGUUCUCGUUGGUCUCAAGCAGAAUCAUACUCUCCAGCUCUGGGAUAUUGGGCUUGGAAAAGCGGUUCAGGAAGUGAACUUCCCGCACGAGAAUGAGUCCGAUGCUAUAUGCAGCGUUGCCUAUCAUCCUUCAUCGGGCAUUAUUGUCGUUGGUCACCCUACUAGGAACUCUAUCUAUUUCCUUCAUCUAUCUGCUCCCAAAUACAACUUGCAUCCUAUGUCUCAGGCAGAUUAUAUCAGGCGCGUCGCGGAGAAGGAUAGCUCUUUGCCCAAACCUGAAUCUACAGCAUGUCUCAGUGGCAUCCGCGAAAUCUCCUUUGCUUCCAAGGGUCAAUUGAGAAGUCUCGAUGUUCUCGCUCUUAGCAAGUCCAUGGGCGCACAACGUGCGACCGAGGAAGAGUCUGGCCUGUUUGAGAUUUAUGCCAUGUAUUCACGUGGCGUGACUUGUCUGAACAUCAGGAAGGAAGAUUUGGGCUGGUCUUCGGAUAACAAGAUCAUGGAGGCCGUCGAUGCCUUGGAUGACGGCUACAUCGAGGUCAAAGAUCUACAAACAUUCCCUAGUUAUGUGGUCGACGAGCCCUCUGUGAACGGAGAUUCGGUUACCAGUAGUGCACAGAAGCCACCAGCGAAGGACGUCGCCCGGAAGGUGUCAGACCUCGCUGUCGAUACUAUUUCUACUGCGGCUGUUUCUAGAACUGCAUCGCCAGUCAAAUCUUUGGCUAAAUUGUCGGCUGAUGAGCAGUCAGAAGUCACUAGUGGCACUGACAAAGCAAAGAAGAAGAGAAAGGACAAGGCCAAGGAUGUUAGCAAACCAUCUGGAGCGCAUGAUCUUUCUAAAUAUUUCACUCCGGCUACAAAUACUCAGCCGGAACGCGAAGAGACCCCUGCUGUAGCUGCUGAAGGCCAACGAUCUGUUGUAGAAACAAAUGCUCAACAAGCGCCUGCUUCUGGCUUGACUAUUUCAAGUGAAUUGAUCAAGGAACUCGAGAAGAGCGUUUCCGCAGAGGUUGUCAAAGAGGUCAGCCGCGAAUUUGAUGGACUUCAGAAACGCCUUGACGAUGAGCGUCGAGCUUGGGAUGUCGCAUCAGCCAGCAAGACUGAUCAAAUUCUUCGACUCGUGUCAAGCACACUUGCCGACAAUGUCGAGAAGAGUCUUUCUCGGAUUAUUGGUCAAAGCGUCGAAAAACAAGUUUUGCCAACCGUUGUUGACUCAGCAUCCGCUGCAGUGGGCAAACAACUUGAAGGUGUGAUCUCUACUCACUUCAAUCAGAACUUCCCGCGUGAACUCGGUCAGCGUCUACCGAAUGCCCUGGCUCGUGCAGUCAAGCAGCCAGAAGUGUUGACUUCAAUCUCGGAAGCAGUCGCCAACUCCAGUGCUUCUCGUGUUGAGGGAGAAGUGGCCAAGUUGAUACAGAAUGUCAUUACUCCUUCGGUUCAAGCUGCUAUCACUCGUCAAUCAGAGGCUGCUACCCGUGAUUUUGAGCAGAUAUUCCAGGCUCAGUCGAAACACUACGAAGCUCAACGCCAGCAUGACUCUGCUAAGAUCGACCAAUUGGUAUCCGCAGUCCACAGCUUGAAAGAGACCAUUGAUGUAAUGGCAUCGUCUCAGGCUGCUUUGCAGGGUGAGGUGGCAGCGUUACAGAAGCAGUUGGGAUCACGACGCGAUGGCGUUGCUCCACAGCCUGUUCCUGUUCCUCAGCCCCCGGCACCUGCGCAGCGUUCUCCGGAGGAGCUGGAACUAGCCGACAUUGCUCGGUUGGCUUCAGAAGGAAAUUUCGAAGAAGCAUCUAUUAGGUGGCUACAAUCGUCGCAGCAGGCCGAUGUGUUUGACAACUUUUUCGUGCGUCUUAAUCCUGCUUAUCUGUCUACCGUGUCGCCUAUUGUGUCACUAUCGGUGGGUGUAGCCGUAACCACCGCUCUUUCAACCAACGUUCAAGAGCGUUUGGGCUGGCUCGAGUAUGUGCUUCAAAAUGUCAAUCUGGUGGAUCCGGACAUUCGCGAAGUUGCACCCCAGAUCAUGGACAUCUUCAUCCAGCGACUUGAUGGACUAUACAGAACUGUGGUCGAAGCGAAUCCACAAGAUCCCCUUCUCCGCAAGAUUCCACCACUGGUCCGUCGUUCUCGGGAUCUUCGUGGUCAUUAG